UAACUUUUUGCGUUAUAAAUCUUCUAACGAGGUUUGUGUUAUCUCGUAACGCAUUAUUCUUCAGAACUAUAUUCUGUAAGCUAUGUUUACGCUUUGCGUUAUGAGUUGUCGAUACUUCGGGCAUCUUCGGAAUUAUAACGCAAGAUGCGAAGAAACUAGGACGAAAUGAUGAUGUAAUAAACUCUAAACCAAUCAACGGAAAGAAUUUAAAUUAUUUCAAUAUUACUAUCUAAGUAAAGAAAUGUGUGAAAAUAGCCAAGAAACAGCAACUAAUAGUAAGGGGGCAAAAAGUUAUUCAAGUAUGAAAACCGAAAAGAAAAAGACAAGAGCUCCUAAAGCAACGAUGAAGCAGCUAGAUUUUCUAAUUGCAUACAUGGAGAACCAUACUGCUUUCGCUACUGGCAAAUUAUUAGGAGCAAGGGGAAAGCCAGCUCAUGAUGACCAAUGGAAACACUUAAUGGAACAGUUAAAUCAUUUAGAUGGACCAUCAAAAAAUAUAGAAGGUUGGAAAAAGCUUUGGUGUGAUCAGAGAAGCCAAGCUAGGUCUCGUGCAGCAAAAGCCAAAGAAGUACAACGACGUACUGGCAAUACAGGAGAAAACAUUCAGUUGAAGGAUUUUGAUUUACGAAUUUUAUCUAUUUUUGGAGGCGAAUCCUCGGUAGGAUUACCUAUAAUGGAAAUAGGAUUUGGGGAACGACCUGAGGAUAUUAAUGAUCCAUCAUUAGUAUUAGGAUUGACAUCUAAUAAUGUCUCGGAGAAAGAAAAUAUUACCAUUAAUGACAAAGAAAAU